AUGAAAAGUAUAGCAAUAUUAUACAUAGUCCUGACUGUCAUAAAGUUGUCAAUAUCACACUGUUACUGGAGCGAAAAUUGUCAUUAUAAAUAUUUUUCAAGUAAAACACCAUACCAGUUUGUCAGGGGAGAUAUCAGAGAUUCAGUGGUUAAAAUAAAAGGAUGUAAAGAAAUUAGUGUCUGGGGAUUAGUAAGGCAUGGAAAAAGAAAUCCAGGAAUUUCAUUUGCACAGAAUAUAUUAGAUGCGAUAACAUUAAAAUACGCUAUAAAAUUAAACCAUGAAAAUGGUAAAGGCUCUAUGUGUGCCCAAGAUGUGGAAAAUUUAUAUAAUUGGGAAGCAGAUCCAAACAUAUUUAAAAAUAUUCACCAAAUUACUGAAGAAGGCUAUCAAGAAAUGUUUGGUUUAGGAUACAGAAUCAGGAAAGCAUUUAAAAAUUUACUUACGUCCUUGGAUGACAAACAUUAUAAGCUACGUUCAGCAUAUGGAGAUUGGAUAGAAAACGGCGUUAAAGGAUUUGUGGAAGGUUUUGGAAAUACGUCAAUGAUAAUUGAAAAACCAAACGCCAGCUAUGACAUAAUAGCUCCCUAUGAAGCUUGUGGUUUCUACGUAAAGGAAGUAAGAAAUAAUAUAGAAACAUUCGCAGAAGCAUAUAAGUAUCAAAAUACAUCAGAGUAUCUUGCAGCAAAAAACAGAAUUCAACAGCGAACGGGCAUUAAUUAUACAUUGACAAAGGAGAAUAUGACAGCCUUAUAUGAUUUAUGCCGCUAUACCUCUUCAGGUUUAAACAACAUACUAAGUCCUUGGUGUGCGAUAUUUACUAAAGAAGACAUACAAGUCCUUGAGUACGAAAGCGACUUAAGGCAUUUUUAUAGAAAUGGUUAUGGUAACCAUAUCAAUGAAAUAUUUGGACGUAUUCCCCUAGCAGACUUGCUAGAAAGUUUUAAAGCAGCUAAAAUUGGAGAAAGAAAGAAGCUUACUGUGUAUUUUACUCACGCUACUAUGAUGGACAUGGUAUACUCUGCACUUGGAUUAUUUAAAGACGACAUACCUCUAAAUGGUACUUUUAGAAAUCCUGAAAGGAAGUGGAAAUCAUCUAAAUUAGCUCCCUUUGCUGCCAAUUUGAUAGCAACUUUAAACAGAUGUUCAAAUGGCGAGUCGACAGAUUAUAACGUCGUGUUUUAUAUGAACGAAGAACCUUUAGAAUCGAUCUGUAAUAAAGGCGUUUGUUCAUGGGAAGAUUUUGAAAUAAGACUUAAUCCUUUUAUUAACACUACGACGAACUUUUGUUAA